CUGUGGAAACGAUCUUUAUACUAUACUAUCUUUGACUAGCGAAGCAUUAAACUUAUAGUGUGUUUGUGCUCGUCAUCUCAUCAGAAGAUGGAACAAAAUAUUCGUAUAUGUGAAUUAACUCCACAAAGCUCAAACUGGAUCUGUAAGAUACAAAUUGUAGAUAUAUGUGGCCCAGCAGAAAGCAAGGAAAAAGGGUGAAAUAUCUAAAUAUGAUCCUUCAAGAUAAACAGGAAGAUCAAAUAAAGGGCAUUGUUUACGCUGAUGACAUUCCAUGUUAUCAAGAUCGGAUCAAGCUCUACCACACCUACUACAUUGCAGGAACACGCAUGCAACCGUCAAGUUCCAAAUAUGAAAAACCACUGCAUGCUUUUGAAUUGGUUUUUGAUAAGAAAAGCAUACUGGUCGAAGUUGAGGAAAAUGAUAUGGAUGCAUUGCCACUUCCGACAAAACUUACUGUCACAUCUUUUACAGAUAUUAAGCAGCAGGUCCUCCAGGCAACGACUGAUCUAAACAAGAAAGAGUUUGGGGUAUCAUUGACGACCAAAUUCAACACAACAAUUCAAAUUGAUCCCCUUUAUGCACAAAGCCAGCAACUACGAGCAUGGAUCACAGAGAACAAAGCAACACUUACUUCAUUUACUUUGAGGAUCACAUCCAAAUCUGGAUCUCUCAUCUCUAUUCCAGUAGAUGAGAAGAAGUCAUCCUAAUUGCAAACACCGAAUUCCAAGAAGAUGGACAAACAUUUUCAAUCGAAGCAAAGAUAUCCUUCCCAGCUGACCAAAAGAAAUACUAUGUUUUAGUAUGUUCCAAUUGUGGACACGACGUUCGUUAUCCGAUCAUCAUGCAAAUUCACUGUAUGAACUGUGGUCAACACAGAAUGCUCAUCCCCAGGUGCCGAUUUAAUGUAAAUCUGGAAGAUAACUCAGGUACAACAACAGGGAUGAUUAUGAACAAAAAGGGAGGGAAAUUACUAUCCCUGACUGCAGAACAGAUUUACGAAAGAACUUCCACUAAGAACAAUUGUCCACCUAUGAAAGAUCUCCACACAGGCUUUAUCAACAAGAUCUUUUCUAUUCGGGCAAAAAAGGCGUUUGCACGUGCUCCAAACACAACUGCUACAAAAUUAUAUAUUCAGUCGUGCAUGGAAAAGGAAUACACCACACAUCCUCCUACAGCACCUAACAAAACCAAUAUCCAGGAAGCAAGCAAAAGAAAGCAACAGCUUGAACCAGAACAAGUGAGUGAACAGGCAGAAUCAUUAUCACUGAGAAUGAAGCAGAAGCUGGAGCCACCAACUCCAGAAAAACCAAACUAAAGGUGAUUACCACUCCUAAUUCUUUGUUCAACUACUAUUUCUAUCACAUACUAACCAAAUAAUUUCUUUCAAAACAACUUUUACAGUUAAUCCAAGCUUUUUGGCAGCUACUUUUGACCUCUGUACAGAAAAGGUAAGUCCAAUUCCAUCUGUUUAUGCUAUAAUCUCAAAUACAAAUAUUUAAUGUGAUAUUCUUGCCUUACAGGAAAUACAGAGCUUGCUCACUUUUGGAGAUCUCAUCAAAUCAAUCAGUUGCCCCACCACUUUGUACAGUUUUUACUUUGCCACAAAGGUCAGUCAACUCUUUUUGCCAGAACUCCAUUCAGAAUCCAACUUUGACAGCCUUAUCCGCAACUGUACCACUAACGUUCGUUUUUCCUCUUUAUUAGCAAGCUUACUGUAUAACCUUACACAAAAGUAAUGUAAUAUAUUUAAAACA